GUGGUGAGGCAGCCUACACUCAUGCAGCCUCCUCUUGCUUGGCUCUGCACAGGCUUGGUCAUAGGGCACCAAUGAGAAGGUAAAACAAGGGCUGGAAAACACGAAAUUCCCACUCUCAUUUACCCUACUGCUGGUUUUGUCCUGUUUCUUUAGGAUGAACUGGAGCCAUUAUGGAUCACAGUAAGAAGUCCGCGCAUCUUGUCUUUCUAGCACUACUCUACAUGGUCCUACCAAUGUUUUGUGCAGCACAGAACAUGAGGCUAAGCUGCCGAACGGCUCCUAGUGAUUUAGUUUUUAUUUUAGAUGGCUCUUGGAGUGUGGAAGAUACAAACUUUGAAAUAGUCAAAAGGUGGCUGGUGAACAUUACGUCCAGCUUCAACAUUGGGCAGAAGUUCACCCAGGUGGGGGUCAUCCAGUACAGCGACAACCCCCACCUACACAUUCCACUGGGAAGACACUACUCGAGCGAGGAGCUCAUCAAAGCAAUGGAGUCCAUUGAGUACAUGGGAGGGAACACCAGAACAGGAGAGGCCAUUCAGUUUGCCAGCGAAAGGCUCUUUGCCACCUCUGAGCGUGGCCCCAACGGCGUGGCAAAGAUUGCCAUCGUCCUCACGGAUGGCAAGUCUCAAGACGAGGUGUUGGCAGCGGCAGAGGCUGCCAGGAAAAAGGGAAUCAUCCUGUUUGCCAUUGGAGUUGGGUCCGAGACCGAGGAAGGGGAGCUGAAGAUGAUUGCCAACAAGCCUCCUUCCACAUAUGUGUUCUACGUUGAGGACUACAAAGCCAUCUCCAAAAUUCGUGAGGUCAUACGACAGAAGCUGUGUGAAGAAACGGUUUGUCCAACAACGAUCCCAGUGGACACUCGUGACGAGAAAGGAUUUGAUAUGCUCCUCCAUUUGGACUUUGCUAAAAAAGCCAAAAAGACACAGGGAUCUUUUUAUGGUAAAAAAGCCUAUCAAGUCACCCCACGGGUUGAUUUAAGUGAAAACACAAGGACCCUCUUUCCUGAUGGACUUCCCCCUUCCUAUGUGUUUGUGGCCACGCUGAAGUACAAGGGGUCAGUGACUAAGGAGAAGUGGGACUUGUGGAGGAUACAGGACCUGGAGGAUACUCCCCAGAUGGCCGUCACACUGAACGGAAUGGACCGUACAGUCAUGUUCACCACAACCAGCAUGGCACUCAAUGGCAUCCAGACAGUGGUCUUCACAAAGUCACCGGCAAAGAAACUGUUUGAUGAGAUGUGGCACCAGCUGCGCCUCCUUGUUACAGAAGAAGAUGUCACACUGUAUGUGGAUGACCUGGAGAUAGAAACGUUGCCUCUUGAACCUCCCAUCGGCAUCUUCAUUAAUGGAAAGACGCAAGUGGGGAAGUAUGUCAGCAAAGAGACCACUGUACCGUUUGAGAUCCAGAAACUCAGAAUCUACUGUGAUCCUGAGCAGAAUUUCCGCGAGACGGCCUGCGAAAUACCAGGAGUUGACGGAGAGUGCUUAAAUGGCCCUGGCGAUAUUGAAGUCACCCCGGAACCAUGCGCAUGUCCCCCUGGACCACCUGGCGCACCUGGUUUGAAGGGUGAACAAGGACACCCUGGAGAGCCGGGUCAGCCUGGUCCAGCUGGUGCUGAGGGUAAGCCUGGUGCCCCUGGAUUAAGAGGAAGUCCUGGAUUUCCAGGCUCCCCUGGUGUGCAGGGACCCCGUGGUGCAGAUGGCUACAAGGGAGAACAAGGGAGGCCCGGUGACCCGGGCGAAAGGGGCCUUCCAGGAUUACCUGGGUCACCAGGGCUCCAUGGUGAAAAGGGUUCUACUGGUCCUCAGGGACUCCCUGGCACACCUGGGCAGGAUGGGAAGAUGGGUGAAAAGGGGAGUGUGGGACCUACUGGACCACCUGGACUUCCAGGAUCUCCUGGGCGGCCUGGGUUCAAUGGGAAAGAUGGGGAGCGAGGAAGAGAUGGCCAAAAGGGAGAAGCUGGAAAACCUGGUAUUCCUGGAGCUGAUGGAAGACAGGGGCACCCUGGCAUUCCUGGGUUGUCAGGAAGUGUGGGCCCAAGGGGACCCAAGGGGGACGCAGGGCUGCCAGGAGAAAAAGGAGCCAAAGGGUCGCCGGGAACCCCUGGUGAGAUGGGUUUGCCUGGCAUGACUGGCUCUCCUGGAAAACCUGGAUUGAAGGGCAGUAAAGGUGAACAUGGACAACCAGGGCAGCCAGGAAACCCAGGGAUGCAGGGGAAACCAGGUGACCCCGGAAUGGCAGGCCAGCCAGGACACUCAGGGCUUCCAGGGAUGAAAGGACAAAAGGGUGAGAGGGGUGAUCAAGGUGAAAAAGGAAGGGAGGGCACAAAUGGUGAAAAGGGAGAUCCUGGAAGGCCAGGAAAUCAUGGAUCUCCUGGUCUGCCUGGGAAGAAAGGAGAGAAAGGUACAACAGGAGAUCCAGGAGUGAGGGGGCUGACGGGCCACCAAGGACAACCUGGGCAACCUGGUCCAAUGGGUCCGUCCGGCCCCCGUGGGCUAAGCGGAGAGGUGGGCCCAACUGGACCACCCGGACCUGAAGGGAGACCCGGAAGAGAAAUGUCGGAGCAGCACAUUCGGCAGAUCUGCAGGGAUGUCCUGCGAACUGAGAUUCCCUCACUUCUACACAAUGCCCAGCCCAGAAGUUGUGACUCCUGUCACAUGCGACCAGGAUCUCCGGGCCCUCCAGGCCCUGUCGGCCCCCAGGGGUCCAGGGGCUUUCCAGGGAUACCUGGCUCCAGUGGGCUGCAGGGGAAUCCUGGCCUACCUGGACAUCCUGGCAUCCCUGGCUUAAAAGGAGAUCCUGGUGAAAAGGGGGAGAAAGGGAACCCAGGAAGAACAGUGACAGGGGAGCAGGGGGAACCCGGACCACCAGGUCCUAUGGGCCCACCAGGAGCCAGCAAACCAGGAUACCCAGGCAAGCCAGGACCUCCGGGCCAGAACGGGGAUGAGGGCAAAAGAGGCAACCCCGGGGUUCCUGGGCAGCCCGGCGUGUGCCACCCAUCCCUGUGCUACGGCGCCAUGGUACGGAGGGACUCCUUCGGGAAAGGACCCAACUAUUAAACAUUGCCGCCACGCCAGUCGGGGCUUGGUGCGAACCACGUGAAAUCAAACAAACCGGAAAAUAAGGAAAUCUGUCUAAUCUCAGGAAGAUCACUUAGUAACAGUAUUGCGCUCCUUUACGGGGUCAGGAAGUACCUCUUGCUGUGUAUUUAAAAGUAAUUCAUCCACGGGCAUACGUUUUAUCUGGGGAUAUUGCUGAGCGGAAUAAUCAUGGAAGUUGUCGGUUGCUUUCUUUCGCCACUUUCCAUGGUGCGUUCCUUUGGUAGGGGCCUCAGGCUAAAAGCAGGAGGAGUUUUUGGAGGCGAGUCCCGACACGGAUAAUUGAUUAGUGUCUGAAAUCGGGUCUCGCCACCGGCCAAGUGCACCUUGGGACUACAGCAAAUUCCACACAGCUGUAUAGCCUUGUGUCCAGGCUUACAUAGGAGCUUCGCGGUGCCGUACUGGUACGAAAUUAUCAGUACAAGAGCUCCAGUCAUUUCUACGGGCUUUAGAACGUGGCGCGAAACCAUAAAGAGUGAUGGCACAGCAGGUCACAAUGCGUUAACCACAUCCGCUGCCUCUUCCAGUAUUUUACAUUGUUUUAUCCCUUUAACUCCCAUUAAACCCCCAUAAGUCCCACACAGCCAGUGAGGCUUAAGAAAAUGACACAUUGGUAGCGCAACAUUACUGUUGGAGCGUGCCAAAAACCCCAGCUCUUUUUUCACUUUGUUGCACUGCAGGUUGGAAUGAUAUUGCAUCAGGAAAAAGAAAAAAAAAAAAAAAAAAAAAAAAAACAGCACGGUGCCACUUAUGAUGGUACUAUCUGAGUGCAUUUAACACGUUUUAAUACAACAUACAUUCCCGGGGUGCAAAUGGCUAUAUAAUUGCGGUAUAAUUUUUCUGUAUUGUGACAUAAAUUAAAUGUUCUUACUUCUAGAUGUACAGGAGUGUGUAAUGAACACAAUAUGUAUCAAAUAUUAAUUUUAAAAUCGGUCUCUGCGUUUUACCACACAAAUAACCUGAGAACAGUUUAACAAGUGCGAGUAAAGGCAGGAUGACAAACCCAAGCCUCUUAUGUUGGCAAGGAUAAAUAUCAUAACAUUGUGGCUCCAAGCAGUUUUCCUCAGUGCUGGUGAUGAGUUUUUCAAAUUGAUAGAUUUUCAAGAUAUUCGAAUACAAGUAGGUGAGAAUUUUUUUCCCAAUUAUUGGAAGCAAGAGCAUUUUCCUGAGUCCUCCAUAUAGGUGUAUUUAUAUUUAAGAUAUUAAAUAUAAGCUGUUUGACACCUCCUGAAAUCUGAAAUCCUCUUGAUUACUCUAUCAUACGCUUCACACGAAUGUGCCUGUUAUGAACUAUACAUCCGUUCCUCCGCUGUAUAAAUUACAGCUGCAGUCUUUGCAUUACCAUUGUUAUUUAUAGAAGUGUCACUUAAUUUGUACUAAGAAGUUGUAUUUGUGGGUGCAGUCUCCUUUUUCAGUGAUUAAUUUUAUUACUUCUUU